AUGUCUCCCUCAGACAACAACGACCUGCGCCGCGCAGCAACGCAUGAUAUCGAGAUCGGUGUAUCCGACGCCCUGCAGCGACAUAUAACACGACAUGUAGUCCCACCAAAGCCUGUCUCCGAGAGGAAGCUCCGCUAUGAACACUCACGACCUCGCAUCCUGCGGGAAAUGCUUGGAGAGGCCACAGGAGUCUUCUUCUACGUUUUUGCCGGCAUUGCCUCCGUAGCCAGCUUCACCCUGGCUACGACCAAUCCCGUCGCUGUUGGCGCCGACGGCAGGGCAGGGAUAGGAGUGGGCAUUUUCGGCAGCAUCUUCUCCAUCGGCUGGGCCUUUGCGUUCGGUAUUGCUUUUGCAAUCAUAACCUGCGGACAGGUAUCUGGCGGUCACUUCAACCCAGCUAUAACAAUCUGCUUUGCAAUUUGGCAAGGCUUUCCCUGGAAGAAAGUGCCACACUACAUCUUCGCGCAGAUCUUCGGUUCAUUCAUGGCUGGCUUGUUGGUCAUGGGCAUGUACUGGCCAGAGAUCCAGGCUGCAAAGGCUAUCGAUCUCGCAACAGAAGGCACCGUGCACUUUAACGGCGGCGUUGCAAGCAUUCUAUGCACUUAUCCCAACGCCAAUCAGACGAACCAGGGCUAUCUGUUCCUGCAGGAGUGGUUUGUCGAUUCUUACAUUGGCAUCGUCAUCUGGGCCAUUCUCGACCCAGCGAAUCCCACCAACCUGGCCAGAGAUCUUGGCACACGCAUCGUUGCCGCAAUUUUCUUCGGCAAGGAGGCCUUCACCGUCGACAACGGCUAUUCCUGGAUCAGUAUCCUUGUCAACGUGCCAGCGACGAUCUUCGCAACAGCUUACUAUGAAGCUGUGAUCCGCGACAGUAUCGUCGCUAUCGGGCAGGGCCACAAACAGUAUGAGGGAGGAGACAACUUGAUGGGCUUAGUCAGGCAGAUGACCAAUAAGAAUGACGUGGAGGAUAUGCCGAUGGGAACGACGAAUGCUGUUGGUCACAAUGAUGGUCUCGGAUCCGGAGUCGAAGCAAAGGACGGCUAUCAGGAUGGCAAGAGCACGCAUAUCGAUUCUGGUGUGGUGAAGAGGGUCAAUGGCUCCGGAUCAUCUGUCAGUGACGGACCCAAUGGCAGGGAUUGGGCUUAA